ACUGUUUUUCAAAAUGUUUAGACAAUAUUAUUCGCCGAUUUUUAUUUUUCUGUGGAUGAAUUACUCAUGCAAAUGUCAGGACUUAGAUAAAUUUGUAGCCCCGAUAGUGGAUAACAAUGGGGCACCACUGGUUGCAAUUGUAAAUUCAACUCAUAUUAGUUUGCAUAUAGUCCGGUCGAUAGAAAUGCCUCUACGGAAAAUAAUAAAUGCAACAAUAGAAUCCAAAUUUGACGAUAAGCUUAAAGAAGAUAUAGUGUCGAGUAAAAUUUUAGGGAAAGUAAACAACAAGUUUGACGCCUUACAACAAAAGAUUGAAGAACAUAUGGGAGAUAACCGAAACCAAAUGACUGAAGUAAACCAGGACAUUGCUACUUUACGGAAAGAAAUGGAAGAGUUGAAGAAUUUGGCUAUAACUGUCAAUGACAUAAAUACAAGGGUUGCCCUGUCAGCAUGUGAUGCUUCUCAUUCUACUGUCAGUCCACCAACAACUAUAAAAUUCUCGGACAUCAAGACGAGAGAAGGAAUCAGCAACCAACAUCUAACCUCAUUUAAAUCUAGUGGUGUAUUUGUGUGUGAAGUCUCUGGUCUGUACCAUAUAUCUGUCGUCAUUAUGUCAAGUACAAAUUAUGCAUUUGUGAAAAUAUCUAAAAAUAGUAAAGAACUAAUUAAAGGAAAUAUCAACAAUUAUAAUGCAGAAAACCAAAAAUAUCAUCAAUCGAAUGCUGCAAUUGUGGUCACAGAAUUACAGAAAGGUGAUAGUAUCGAUAUAAAACCUGGAAAUAAAGACAUGAUGAUACACAGCGACUAUUCGUGUCUAACAAUAGUUAAAGUGAUAUAAUCAAAGAAUAUAUGAUAACAAUGUGUAGAGAGCUCAAGGUGAGCAGGAGCAAUUAAAUUCUCCCUCGCCCUACUCGUCCGAAUUUAAAGUAUUUUAUCUCUAAAUUCAAUAGGCUAUAAACAAGACAAACACAGAUAAAGGAUUAGUUGCUCGCAGUAACAUCGUAUUUUUUCUUGCGAUACAAUAUUUUAUUUUACUUUAUUGUACAUAUUUCUUCGAUUGAAACAAUAUAUAAAUACAUGACAUAUAACAUUGUUCCUCUUUCGCAUCGUUUCUUUUUCGUCGGCUAAUACCUCCAACGCCUGUACGUACAAUAAACAUAGCAGCAACUGCACAUAUACCUAUGUGACCAACUUCAAUUCGACGUAACUGC